ACGGCAGCGACCCGGCGCCGCCGGCGCCGCCUCACAACGUGGCCGCGCUGGUGCUGGGCAUCGUGCUCAUCCUGCUCAUCGUGGGCGGCAACGCGCUCGUGUGCCUCAGCGUGUGCACGGAGCGCGCGCUCAAGACCACCACCAACUACUUCAUCGUCAGCCUCGCCGCCGCCGACCUGCUGCUCGCCCUCCUCGUGCUGCCCCUCUACGUCUACUCCGAGUUCCAGGGAGGUGUGUGGACUCUCAGCACUGUGCUGUGUGAUGCCCUGAUGACCAUGGACGUGAUGCUUUGCACGGCCUCCAUCUUCAAUCUCUGUGCUAUCAGUGUGGACCGGUUUAUCGCUGUUUCGGUCCCACUGAACUACAACCGGCGACAGAUCGACCUGCGGCAGUUGAUCCUGAUCUCCACCACUUGGAUCUUUGCCUUUGCUGUGGCAUCUCCAGUCAUAUUUGGCCUCAACAAUGUCCCCAACCGGGACCCCAGCUUGUGUCAGCUGGAGGAUGACAACUACAUUGUGUACUCCUCCAUCUGCUCCUUCUUUAUUCCCUGCCCUGUCAUGCUGGUGCUCUACUGCGCCAUGUUCCAAGGACUCAAGCGCUGGGAAGAAGCUCGAAAGUCCAAGCUGAGAGGCAGCAUCUAUGGGGGCAACAGGAAGCUCUAUCACCCCUCACCCUUCUUGGAGCGAAGGCAGGUUGGACUGGAUGAAUGCAAYCCUUAUGCACACUCUGACCCUCCCCUGCCUGGGGACUAUGUGAUGAGCAACGGGGUCCAGACCAUCUCCUACCCGCACCUCAGAUAUCCACACCCAGGGCAUAAACGGAAAGAGGCCAAGAUCAAUGGCCGGGAGCGGAAGGCCAUGAGGGUGCUGCCUGUUGUCGUUGGUGCUUUCCUCUUCUGCUGGACACCUUUUUUUGUGGUCCACAUUACAAGGGCGCUCUGCAAAUCCUGCAUCAUUCCUACUCAAGUCACCAGCAUUGUCACUUGGCUGGGUUAUGUCAACAGUGCUGUCAACCCCAUCAUUUACACAGUUUUCAAUGCGGAGUUCAGGAACUUCUUCCGCAAAGUCUUGCACCUCUUCUGCUGAGACUACUAGAACUACUGGAGGAAAGAAGGAAAGAUCUGGAUAUUUUUUUGUAUAGUUCAUUAAAGAUAUAUUUCUGCCUAA